AUGAACAUCCCUGCAUCUUCUGCCACUAACACAGGCGAGACACUGCCUAGUCGCAAACGCCCACGACCAGACGCGCUUUCGGACCCCCCAAAUCAUGAUGUCGGACUAAACGUCCGUGCGCCACCCAAACUCCCGAAGGUGGAUUGCGAGCUUCUACUGGAAGCAUAUACGCACAGAUCACUACGGAAACCAGUGGGCGAUGUCGAAGACCGGCUCUGCGAUAAUGAACGUCUUGCCGUACUUGGGAAAUCAGUGCUUGGUCUGGUCAUCACAGGCAUUUUGUACAAGCAGAAACCGCGUCGCGAUGCGGAAGAAAUAGAGGUUGAACUUGCCCAGCUAUCGCGUGAAGUGGAAUGGGCUCAGAUGUACGGUAUGGUAGAAAACAUACGAUGCCAUCCAAAUUCACGCGACGAGUUACGCGCGGAAGAGACGGUGCAAACCGUGUUCCGAGCGUUCACAGGCGCAGCAUUCAUCUCCAGCGGCCUCGAUGCGAUUGAAGAAUGGAUUGAACAAUUACUGCAGACUGGUGACGACCUUGAUGCUGAAACAACGAUUUGUCCGCCACAAAACCACACUGCCAAGGACUCACAUCCUCACAAAAAGGCAAGGACAUCCGAACCAGCAAGCCCCCAAGUAUUCUUUGCGUCUCAGCCCUUUCGAAAACCACUCGAUCCGGCCCCGUCCAUAGGAAAUCCUUUGACACCGGCCCAACCUAAUCUCCCUUUCUUGCCAUCCUUUCACCAGGCUGCUUCACGCCGAGGUGUCUCUGUCACAUAUACCAUUGAACAUGCUGGAGCAAACCAUUCCGGGCAAUGGAUUGCGCAGUGCCUCGUCAAUGGAAUACUGAAAGGUGUGGGCUCUGGUGGGAAUAAGCAGGCAGCAAAGGAGGCGGCAGCAAGGAAGGCGUAUUAUGCCAUGGGUUGGACCUAA